GCUGACUUGUGCUUUGAUGCGUACAUUUGCAGAUGAUCGGAUGGCUCCUACUGAUGAUUUUUCCUCCUGUAACACUUACAUUUUUACUAAUCGUUGUCGUGGCGUCUUUUGGUGGAACCAUAGGAGUCAGAGAAAUGUUUGUGGAAAUGUUACUGCAGCUGUUCGAGUGGGGUUCCAAAGUGACUAAUGACCGCAACUUCGAAGAACUUCCACAGGAUCCAUCUAACUCACUUUUUCCACCACCGCGAGUCAAAAAGCGGCACUCUUCCGGAGAUCUCGGUAUAAUUCAUCGCGAGAAGUCUGAUAUAAUUGAUACCAAACUCCAUUCGACAGAUGAGCCUCCACAAAGGCAAACCACUGUCAGCGUAGUUGUUGAUGACAGCAUCGACUUCAUAACGGCUGGGAUUGAAGCCAUAAUUGAGGAUCAGGUAACUAGCCGGUUCCGCGCGGAGCAGAUUCCGUCAUGGAACCUCCUCACGAGAACAAGGUUCUCUUUUCAAUACAUAAGUUGGAAACUCUCGGUUUUAUGGAUAGGCGGCUUUCUUUUUCGAUAUUGCAUUCUCGUUCCAAUUCGUGUUUUCCUAUUUAUUUUGGGAAUGUCCACCAUGUGUGGUGUAUGCUACUUAGUGGGCCAUAUCCCCAACCUUAAAAUCAAGAAGUUUCUCAACCGUCAUGUGAUGCUCAUGUCUAUGCGGAUAUUCUCUCGUUCAUUUUCGAGCAUUAUCCGAUUCCAUGACAGGGAAAAUCGAGCCAAAAAAGGAGGUAUAUGUGUCGCUAAUCAUACUUCACCAAUCGACGUCAUGGUACUGAGUUGUGAUAAUUGCUAUGCUAUGAUUGGUCAAAAACAAGGAGGCUUUCUUGGCUUCAUACAAGAUUCGCUGAGUCGUGCUGAGCACCAUAUCUGGUUUGAAAGGAGCGAAGCUGCUGAUAGGAAGAAAGUAACUCAAAGGCUAAGAGAACAUGUGGAAGAUGAAAACAAACUGCCAAUUAUUAUAUUCCCUGAAGGAACUUGCAUUAACAAUACUUCUGUGAUGAUGUUCAAAAAGGGAUCUUUUGAGAUUGGUAGCACAAUCUAUCCGAUAGCUAUGAAGUACGAUAGUCGACUGACUGAUGCUUUCUGGAAUAGCAGUGAGCAGUCUUACGGAGAGUAUCUGUGGAGAAUGAUGACAUCAUGGGCAAUAAUCUGCGACGUGUGGUAUCUACCACCUAUGACUAGAGAGCCAGGUGAGGAUGCGAUAGCAUUUGCGCGAAGGGUUAAGAAAGCCAUUGCAAAAAAAGGUGGCCUUGUGGAUUUGGAAUGGGACGGAGCGUUAAAAAGAGAGCGAGUAUCUUCAAAACUAAUACAACUGCAGCAAAAGCUUUAUUUUGAUCGAUUAGCUCGCACAACAACUAUUAAUAAUAUCAUCGAUGAAGAAGUGCGGACAGAUGUUCUUGACAUUAUGCAAUCUAUUAGCGAAGAGGAUCGGAAUGCUUUGAUGAAAGACCUAGAUGAAGCUGACGACGACGAUUCCAUUAUUCGGAAGGUGAGUGCUUACCGUCCGGAUCUUCGAACCAUCUCGGAUACUGUAGGCGCUACGGUAGAAGCUGAUACAAAGAGUGUGUAA